AAAAAUUGUGGGGUUUUUGAAAUAUUAAGAUUAAAGUUUAGGCAAUUUUAUUUCAAAAUUUACUAUUUUUCAAAGUGAAUAAAUCUGUUUAAUUUAUUAAUUUUAAUAUUUCUUACAAUAAAUUAUGAGUGAAAUAUGUGAAAAAUAUAAUCACCAAAACUUCGAAAAACUACUCCUAAAUUUAUCCAAGAAAGUAAAUGGAGAUGGUGUUUCCAUGAGUUUGCAGCAGAAAUGCGAUCAAGCUUUCCAGCAUUUAAAAGUUGAAAGAGAAACAUAUUUCAGGACGAAAAUAUUUUAUGAUCAUGUCGUUUCGUCAUUUUUGGAGAGGAAAAAUAACUCAAUCAACAAUGAAAGUCAUCCUGAAAAUGAUGAUCCAAUUUGGGAGAUGUUUACAAAGUCGUGCGUGAUUGAUUUCUUCGAAGGAACGACGGACGGGAGCAUACUGGGACUUAAUAAGGAUGCCUUCCACAUUGGCAGUGAUGAAAAAAAGUUCCUAUUUAGCAUACAAAGUGCGAUGUUGAGUAGAGUUGAAACUCGGAUACAAGAGCAGUACGAUGCAUUACUUGAGGUAUUUGGUGAGAUAUACAAUACGCAAUCUGAUCCGGCUUCCCACCUGCUGGCUCAGGAAAUGGAGCUGGAGCAAUUGAAGAAGCAGCUGACAGUGCAUCAGUCCACCAAAAAACAAUUGUUCCAAGAGUAUUUUAAAAGCCUAUCAUCAUCAUGUGGUGUGUUAUUGGAACUGAUGAAGACGUACAGAGUGGACAAACUCAUCAGCAAUAACACAGUAACAAUCAACUGGUUGCUGAGCCAUUGUGAAGCUCUCAAUUUCAAGAUCAAGAUGCAAGAGUAUCAGUUGCUAGCAGAAAUAUACACGAAAGAUUCUAUCAAGGCUCUCAACGUCAUCAGAAAUGAGUUACUAAAGCAAGAUGCCCAGACGAGUGUUGAGUUGGCAAGGAUGUCUGACCUGCUGACGACCUACGAAGCCGUUGGGCCCGAGUUCAAACGCAUCGUGCACGAGUACUCCAGAAUUAGGGACGAGAUUGAGAAUAAAAAGUGGGCGCUAGAUGAAUUCGAAAAGCAUAAGAAAUAGUCCGAGUGUCUGUCUGUGUGCGUGUGUCAGUAUGUGUGUAUAUAUAUAUAUAUCUGUGUAUGUGUGUGUUUGUGUGUGUGUGUGUGUGUGUAUUUUUUGAUUGAUUGAAUGUAUUGUUUGUUAUUGUUAUUAAAAAUUUCAGUGCGUUACUGUUGCCUUUUUUAAUAUUAGUAGCAAUUUUAAUAGCAGUAACUUUACUAUUAUUAUUAUUAUUUUGUUAUAAAUAUUAUUAUUAUUGUUAUUAUUGUCUGACACUUUUGGUAACAUUUUUUAAAAACAUUUCUGCCAAUUAUUUCGAAACGUCUGUCUGUCUGGCUGUGAAAUACAAAAAGAAUCAAACACACACAAUGACAUAAUGUAUGUAUGUAUUAUUUAAAACAUUGUGUUGUGGGUACCCAAGCUUCUGUCUGUCUCUGUCUCUCUGUGUGUGUGUAUGUGUCUGUAUAUUUGCGUGUGUUUGUGUAUUUGUUUGUGUGUGUGCAUUUAUUUUAUUUAUUUAUUUGAUUGUACUUUUUCAAUUGAUAGCAUUUAGUACUAAGCAAUAUAUUUAUAAAACAUUGCAUUAAUAUAUAUGUGUGUGUGUCUGUGUGUGUGUGUCAAAGUUUGUUUGUAUGUGUGUGUGUGAGAUAAAAAGAAAGAGAGAGAGAGAGAUAGAGAGAUUCAUUUAUUUUAUAUAGAUAUACUUUUUUGUAUAUGGAUUUGUGUAUAUGCUGUGUGUGUGUGCGUGUGAGUGUGUGUGCAUGUGCGUGUGAGUGUGUGUGCAUGUGCGUGUGAUUGUGUGUGUGUGCGUACAUAUAUAUUUUUCGUAUAAGCAUAUUAAUGUUGUAUAAUUGGUAUUAAUAAAAAAUUUUUUCGGCUCUGUUUUGUUACAAUGAACCGUCAGUAAAUAAUUAAUCUAUUUAUUUAACUUUCUGAAGAGUUAUUUAAAUUUUUUUUUAAAGUUUAAGUCAAAGAAAAAGUUGAAAUUGUUUGAGUAGCAAACAAUCAGCGUUUGUGCUAAUGUGUGAAUUUUAUGAAUGUGUGUCUGUCUGACUCUCUGUGUGAUUGUGUGUGUCUGUAUGUGUGUAUCAAAGUGCCGUCUGUCUGUCUGCCUGUCUGGUUAUCUCUAUGUCUAUUUCUCGUUUUUUAUAUAUCAAUCAAAUCACUUCAAAUCA